GAAAGACUCCCGAAUUGUCACGGAAUUAUGAAAGAGCUACGAUCUGCUAAGAGGAGGAGAGUGUCUGGCGGUUGGACGUCGGACGGAAACGAGGAUGCGACAGAAGGAAACAGCAACGCGGACGUCUACUCAAUCCAGUCGUCGCCUGACAAUGACAAGGGCCUUAAAACAUCCAAAUCGCCAUUGAAGACUAAGCGCACGCGGUCGCCAGAAAGAGACCAACAGGCGCCGAAUGACAGCGCUAAGGUGGAGACUCCUGGAUUGCGAUCAAGUGGACGGCAACGAAAGGCUCCUAAGAGAUAUGGAGAUGAAUACUUGGCUUCGCCGCCUUCGACGAAGAAGACUGUUACGGUUGCUAUAGGAGAGCGCCGUACUACGAGGAGUUCGCGAAAGCUCGUACAAGUUCCGGAGGCGGAUGCGACUGAUGAAGGACCUGGCCAAACCGGGGAAAGCUCGUUAGCAAGUAUGAAGCCGAAAAGACGCGCUGCAGCUUCUAAGAAUGCAGACUCGGUUAACAACAAAUCUCCUAUGGAAGACGAAGAGCGGAAACAGUCGUCUGCUGCAGAUGGCGAUCAAGAUGAUGUCGACGAUCUUGUUUCAAUGCAGCUGCAACAGGAUCUGACACAGCAUGAUCUAGACGGGCAGGACAGUACAGAGAGGAUUGGCCCGCUUCCCGAUUAUGCUGAAGCUCUUCAAAAUCUAGUUCAGAAGGGACUCGGAGUAGAGAUGAAGACUCUGAUCAAAAUCGUUCUUGAGAAGCUCAAUGGCAAACGACUUGUUCCAUUGAGGGGAUUGGACAACGAAUACCAAAAGGUCUAUCAGCUCAUCGAGCAGACUGUUACUGUCGGAGAAGGAAAUUCAAUGCUACUUUUUGGUUCAAGAGGAAGUGGGAAAUCUGCCAUGGUUGAGACUGCUAUUUCGUCCUUGGCUAAAGAGCACGGAGGUGACUUUCAUGUUGUCCGUUUAAAUGGGUUCCUUCACACGGAUGACCGUCUGGCUCUCCGAGAAAUGUGGCGACAACUCGGUCGCGAGACAGAGACAGAGGAUGAAGCAGCAAAGGUGAGCUCAUAUGCAGACACCAUGGCAACACUCCUCGCUCUUCUGUCCCAUCCGGAGGACGUCUUUGGUUCUUCUGGGAACUCUGAAACAAUCACUGCUGCAAAAUCUAUUGUCAUUAUACUGGACGAAUUCGAUCUAUUUGUCUCCCACCCGAGACAAACAUUACUAUAUAAUCUUUUUGAUAUCGCGCAGGCGCGGAAAGCCCCAAUUGCAGUUCUUGGGCUUACCACGAGGGUUGAUGUGACUGAACUUCUAGAAAAGCGCGUGAAAAGUCGAUUUAGUCAUAGAUAUGUCUUUCUCCCGCUUCCGAAGUCUUUCGAGAUCUUUUCGGAUAUCUGCUUUGUAGGGCUGAACUUGGAGGACAGUGAGAUCUCAAAAGCUACUAGCGACGAAGAACUUGCCGUCACGAAAUCCAAAGCUUGGGAGACAUUGUUGGAGGGCUGGAGAGCAUACUUGAAGGGUCUGUGGAAUGAUAAAGAAUUCCAGUCGCACUUACGAAGAAUAUACAAUCAAACCAAAUCCGUCAAGGAGUUUCUCAUUAGCUCAAUUCUCCCAAUGACUGAGAUGUUUUACAGCACUUUUGACGCGACGGAGAACGGUCUCAACAAGCUACAAGUUCCCAUUCCAAAGGAUUUCGUCACCCAGUCUCUCUCUUGUCCCGACCCGGCUCCCCUACCUUUCCCACCGUCCACGGCAAACUCCACUGGCUCUACCUCUCUGCCUCUAUCCCUCUUGCUAGCCGCAACCCGCCUAACCGCAUUAUAUGAUCCUGGUAGCGCCAACCCACAGAACCUUGCGCCGCUCGCAUUGUCCUUCCCGGCAGCCUAUACGGAGUAUGUUCGACUGCUUACAUCUGCAAAGGUGUCUGCGUCCGUGUCUGGUGCUGCUGCCACCCCAGGCCGCGUCUGGGGACGGGACGUGGCCCGAGAAGCGUGGGAAAAGCUGGUUACGUGGGGGCUUGUCGUUCCCGUUGGCGGGGGAAGCGGUGUUAGCGAUGGCCGUAUGUUCCGCGUGGAAGUGAGUUUUGAGGAAGCUAUUGAAAUGGCCGGCUCGGGAGGGUCAUUGGGGAAAUGGUGGCGAAACUGACUGUUUCGGCCAUUCAAGAUGGAUGGCUAUAUUUACCCAUCGGGUUUAAUGUAUGUAUAUCAAUCAUAACGGGGAAUGAACCUCCUGUGAAGAAAUUAUCCCUCGACUAGGUACCAUCGUACGACCUCUCUGGGGCUCCAUCAGAACCAUUUGCUAUUCCACUAGUGUUGAG